AGGCGCAGACGUGAGGGGUGAGCGCCGAGUCGCUGAUCGAGCCCCGCCCCCGGCGCCAUCUCUCGGACCGCGAGCCGUCCAGGUCUCAGUGCUGUGGCCCCCACAGAGCCUAGAGGAUGUUUCAUGGGAUCCCAGCCACUCCGGGCAUAGGAGCCCCUGGGAACAAGCCAGAGCUGUAUGAGGAAGUGAAGUUGUACAAGAACGCCCGGGAGCGGGAGAAGUAUGACAACAUGGCAGAGCUGUUCGCGGUGGUGAAAACAAUGCAAGCCCUGGAGAAAGCCUACAUCAAGGACUGCGUCUCCCCCAGCGAGUACACGGCAGCCUGCUCCCGGCUCCUGGUCCAGUACAAAGCUGCCUUCAGGCAGGUUCAGGGCUCAGAAAUCAACACUAUUGAUGAGUUCUGCCGCAAGUUCCGCCUGGAUUGCCCACUGGCCAUGGAGCGGAUCAAGGAGGACCGGCCCAUCACCAUCAAGGACGACAAGGGCAACCUCAACCGCUGCAUUGCCGACGUGGUCUCGCUCUUCAUCACGGUCAUGGACAAGCUGCGCCUGGAGAUUCGCGCCAUGGAUGAGAUCCAGCCCGACCUGCGAGAGCUGAUGGAGACCAUGCACCGAAUGAGCCACCUCCCGCCCGACUUCGAGGGUCGCCAGACGGUCAGCCAGUGGCUGCAGACCCUGAGCGGCAUGUCGGCAUCGGACGAGCUGGACGACUCACAGGUGCGUCAGAUGCUGUUCGACCUAGAGUCAGCCUACAACGCCUUCAACCGCUUCCUGCAUGCCUGAGCCUGUGGCGCCAGCCCCUGCACGGAAGGGCAGAGUCUGAGGCGAUGACUCCUGUUGCCCUAUCCGCCACACAGGCCCUGGUCAUCCACACAACUCACUGUCUGCAGCUGCCCAUCUUGUGUCUGUCUUUGGUGUCAGGACUUUGGGGGCCGGGCCCCUCCCCACAAUAAAGAUACUCUCCGACCUUC